UAAGGCUCAAAAUACAUCUACUGCUGCUAGGCUAUUACUGGUUCUACAAUGCUAUUAUUACUACCACAUGAUUCUACCUGCUGCUAACACUGCUCUAUCACCAGUAGUGGAAAACGUAUUCAUGUACUUAAGUACCUAAGUAAAAGUAGUAAUAUUUUGGGAAACUGUAAUGAGCCCAUUUGUAAAUCCUUUAGGGGAUGUAAAUGUGGAACUCCUUACCCACAGAAUACAAUCAUUUGAAACUGUUUUUAAAGUGGGAACAGCCUUGAAUGAAGUUGGUGCUGUUGAGUUUUGUGCAUUUUAAAGGCCCAUCUAGGAACGGUCACUGAAAAUUUAAUUUAAGCUAUGAGCUUAAGCUAUAAAUGCUAAAGUGUCUGGCACUGGUUCUUCCUAUAUAAUUCAAAUAAUCAACUGUGAUAAUUGACCAUAAAAUAGACUUUAAAUUUAUAAUUGUUUGUCUUUUUCCAAGUUAUCUUCUGAUAAUGUGCGUAUUUAUAAUCAGAUAAAUGGCACUAAUCAUGUUUUGUAAGGCCCCAGUAAAAAAGUGGUCAAGCUGAUUUAAUGAAUCCAUGUUUUAAAGAUCAGAAGUGGGACCAAGUCAUUGUUUUACAAGUCACAAGUAAGUCUCAAGACAAGUUCCAAGUCGAGAUAGGCAAGUCCGAGUAAAGUCUCAAGUCAAGACUCAAGUCCUAAACUUUGAGUUUCAAGUCCUUAACAAGUCAUAAUGUGCUCUUCAUAAAAUUUAAAACCAUUCCAUAUUUUUACCAAGAGUAAUAGUUAGUAUAUCAAAUUUUCGCAAAUCAUGACUGCUUUUAAACGGCCAACUAUUUCUUUUGCUCAGGCAAUUUUGAAUCCGUUAAAUGAAGUGUUGAUGUGCUGCACACUGUUUUGUUAUAUCUUAGUUUAUAUUUGGGUUUGUGGAGAGUAUCAAGUCAGUUCAAGUCAAAAGGCAUUAGUGUUAAAGUCAAAGUCGAGAUGCAAGUAUUAUUUGAUUUUGUUAAGUCGAGGCUAAAGUCAUCAUAUUUGUGACUUGAGUCUGACUCGAGUCCAAGCCAUGCGACUUGACCACACCUUUGAUAAAGAUAAGUAUAGCUAAGAAAUAGUGAUAUUACUUGUUCUCUAUCACUCUCUUAUGGAGCCCCUAAAAUCCAGAAAGGUGAUUUUAUCUUGUGUGCACAAGAUAAAAAAUAUUAUCUUAUGGGCUUUAGGGGCCCCCGUACUUUUUUACUUCCACCCUGCAACAUGUAACAAACACAUGCAUGCACACACGCUCAUGGAGAUAUACAGCCACAUGCACACAAACAGACUUUGACAUUUUGCUGAGUAGACCCAGAACAGCUCAUAAAGGUGUGUGAUCAAACACCUUUUGUCCAAAGAACAGUGGAAUGCAGGCAGCGAUGAAUAAUCCAAGCUUUUCACGUCGAAUGAAUGCCUCUGAUAUCAGUUUGGCUGUUAUCUAACGAGGUGUAGAACACAGCUCCAAAUAUAUGUCUACAAAUAAUUUAGACUUAUUUUCAUGAGUUUGCCGCUUUAAUUUCAAAACGUUUGUACCCCUAUCCAUGUGGGGCUUUCUCAAUGACAUAAUGCAUUCCCUAGUCCCUUGCCCUAACCUUAACCCUUAUCCUGACCAUAACCUUAACAUAAUUCUAACCCUAACCCUAAAACCACAUCUUAACCCUCAAAAAGCAUGUCUACCAGUAGUGACCUCACUUUUUGUCCCCACAGUGACACACGUCCCCAUAGGUUAAUGUGCACCCCCUGCCAGGAUAUAAAACAUUGUCCCAGAGAGAAAGGAUAAUCUAGAAGAGCAAGGAAAGAAUAGUAGAGCCAUGGACCAUGUGUCCAGAGAUCUUGGUAUCGGUUAUUUGCAGCAGUGCAGCUUUUGAGACCUGCCUUGUUUCUUAUCACACCACCUCGCACCAUGUGCCAUUGUUUUGGAAAUUAUUUGGAUUGAGGGAUGGACGACAUUUGUUCAUACUCCAUGUUUACCAAAAGGUAGCCUGUGAAUAACAUACAGAGUGAUGUGUUCAGUGUGAAUUGAGUCUGAUACAGUGCAGAGCAUUUUACUCUUUAUAACUGAUUUAGUAUAGACUGUGGAUACCUUCCCUUACUUUUAUCAUGUAUUUUUGCCUCAUAUUUUCUAUUCACCUCAUAGUAGUAGUAUCUCUUGCCCUCUCUCUCUCUCUCUCUCUCCUUCACCCCCAACCGGUCAAGGCGGAUGGCCGCCCACCCUGAGCCAUGGUUCUGCUCGAGGUUUCUGCCUCUUAAAAGGAAGUUUUUCCUUGCCUCUGUCGCCUAGUGCUUGCUCUUGGUGGGAAUUGUUGGGCUUCUGUAAAUAACGUCAUAGAGUAUGGUCUUAUUUUGCCAAAUGAAUUGCUGGCAUAGUGCACCAAGAAUCAGAACAGUAAGCACCACUCCCAGCCUUGUAAGCUGUUCUCUUACUCAUACCAUGAUGAAUAUGCUCCAGCUACUUAUUUAUCCAUAUAUUAUAUGUGUCCCACCCUUUUAUCAAGCUUUCUUUUGCACUUAACUUCUGAUCCAUCUUGAUUACCCGAUGUACUUCAUAUUUUUUUAAAGGCUGGGUGCUACAUUGUAAUAGGAGCCAAAUAACUCCUUAAUCAUGAUUACAUGCAUUUCAUGUAAUUACUGUAAAAGUGACAAACACAUUACAUUAUAACUUAUAGUGGGAGUUUCAAACAAGGCUAUGAUCUUCCGUUCGUUAUCUGUAUUGACGAUCUAAAAGGUGGAGUAGAUUGCUUUCUGAUGUUGUUGAAUUAGGUCAGAAUUUCACACCUGCUGAAGCCAUUUGACCUGGAUAUUUCCACAAACAUAGAUUCAUGAGAGAAUCUGAAACAAAUUCUUGCAGAUUUUGGAUUAAAAAAUGUAUUUUGAGUUACAUUAAAACAAACGUAUCAAAGAAUGGCUUCAAUAAACGUAAGCAUCACAACUACUCCAGCUGGCAAAGCUGGAAUAACAGAUUCUUCAUUUCAAAGGAAGUCCCAGUAAAGUAAAUACUGUAGAACAAAUGUCAAGUUUACUUGCUACUGUUUAAAUAUUGGGCAUUUGGGUAUGGUUUCAGUGAAGCAUCAAUGCAACAGUUUCACAAAGCAAUGUCAUUGUUGAAAAUGUCAUGUAGGGUGUAAAUCAGAUAUGACAACAUUGUCUUCCAGCAAAGAUAAACCUGAGCAUGGGGAGUCCAGGCUGUGAACACACGGGCUGCACUGCACUCUCGCCUCUCUACAUCAGCCACCCCAACACUGACACCAGGAUGGCCUGGCUAGAUGAGGCGGAGGACAUCAAACCACCCCGUAGCUUGCUGGGGCUGCCUGAGCUCAGCUGGCCAGGGGUCUACCUCCCCUGCUAUGACAGAUUAGUUAUAGAAGAGAACCCCAGGGUGCUGAGGAUGACGGAGGCCCCAGCUCCUGCUGCUUCUCCCUACAGGACUCCGGAGCAGAGCCCAGCCAAACCCAGCCAAGCCCAAGGUUCCCCCUCUGAGAUGGAGGGUCAGGUGGAGGAGCGGUGUCUAGAGCAGGUCCAGACCAUGGUAGUUGGAGAAGUGCUGAAAGAUGUUGACACUGCAUGCAAACUGCUCAACAUUUCCCCAGAUCCCUUGGAUUGGAGCUCUCUACACCUUCAGAAGUGGCUACUCUGGACCGAGCACCUGUACAGGCUGCCACAGGUCAGCACGAUGUUUCAGGAGCUGACCGGGAGGGAUCUGUGCUCCAUGACAGAAGCAGACUUCCGACAACGCUCCUCUCAGUUUGGAGACGCGCUGUAUGCUCAUCUGGACAUCUGGAAAUCUGCUGCAGCAAUGAAGGAACGCUGCCCACCAGAAGACAGCAAAUCUGCAGCUGAUGAUGACUCCUGGUCAGGUGUGAUGUGUAACUACCCCAGCCAGCCUAUCCACCUGUGGCAGUUCCUCCGAGAGCUGCUCCUCAAGCCACAUAACUAUAGCCGCUGCAUCCGCUGGCUUAACAAGGAGAAAGGGAUUUUCAAAAUAGAAGACUCCGCUCACGUGGCCAGGCUAUGGGGCAUUAGGAAAAACCGCCCAGCCAUGAACUAUGACAAACUGAGUCGCUCCAUUCGCCAGUACUACAAGAAAGGCAUCAUUCGAAAGCCUGAUGUAUCCCGCAGAUUGGUCUACCAGUUCGUCAACCCUGUAUGAUGAAGAGGAGGAACCAAAGAUAUGCUGGACAUACAGUAGGAGUAACAUGAACUCUGAAGCUUGUUUGCUCAUUGUAUAUGCCUUUUUAUUUCAAUUGUAAAGACUGCCUACUGAACUAUGCACUCCUGCCUAUCAUAAUAUUAAUCUACUUUAUUCUUAACACUCAAUUUUAUAUUAUGUGUCUUUGUUUUCUUUAGCACUCUUGUUUGAAAUGUAUUUUUGGUGUGAUGUUUGGUUUCUAAAAGGAAACAUAUUUCUUCAUCUGGAAGCAUUUCUGUACUGUAAUAUGUAGCUGAAGCCAGCAGUCAGCUAGCUUAUCUUAGCAUAAAGACUGGAAACAGCUGGCUCUGUC